CUUUGACUUCAUCACCUCUGGCUGCCCAUCAUCUUCAGCCAAAGCUUGCAUUAUACCCCCUUGACAUAACGACUACUACAUCUCAUCUUGACAGAGUUUGCCCGUUACCGACAGAGAAUUCCUCCUCCCAUUGGCGUUUCAUAGCCGGAGCCCGCGUCAUAUCCUGAUCGCCGACACGUGAAAGUCUAUAUAUACAAGAGACUUCCACCGUCCUCCCAUCUCAUCCUCUCAUCAAAUACCAAUCUCAACAAUCACAAUGGCUUCUACCGACUCCAUCCUCCAGGGCGUCUCCGUCCUCGGCAAGGUCGACGAUGUCCACCGCAAGAUCCUCACCCCCGAGGCCCUCGCCUUCCUCGCCCUCCUGCACCGCUCCUUCAACGACCGACGCAAGGCCCUCCUCGAGCGCCGCAAGGUCCGCCAGGCCGAGCUUGACCGGGGCGUUCUGCCCGACUUCCUCCCCGAGACCAAGCACAUCCGUGAGAACCCCACAUGGAAGGGAGCUCCCCCGGCCCCGGGUCUGGUCGACCGCCGCGUCGAGAUCACCGGCCCCACCGACCGCAAGAUGGUCGUUAACGCCCUGAACGCCGACGUCUACACUUACAUGGCCGAUUUCGAGGAUUCCAGCGCCCCCACAUGGGACAACAUGAUCAACGGCCAGGUCAACCUCUACGAUGCCAACCGUCGUCAGGUCGACUUUAAGCAGGGCCCCAAGGAGUACAAGCUCCGAACUGACCGCAAGCUCCCUACCCUCAUUGUCCGUCCCCGUGGCUGGCACCUCGAGGAGAAGCAUCUCACCGUUGAUGGCGAGCCCAUCUCUGGUUCCCUCUUCGACUUUGGUCUCUACUUCUUCCACAAUGCUAUCGAGACCCAGCGCCAGGGCUUCGGUCCUUACUUCUACCUCCCCAAGAUGGAGAGCCACCUCGAGGCUCGUCUCUGGAACGACGCCUUCAACCUUGCCCAGGACUACAUUGGCAUCCCCCGCGGCAUCAUCCGUGGUACCGUCCUGAUCGAGACCAUCCUUGCCGCCUUUGAGAUGGACGAGAUCAUCUACGAGCUCCGCGACCACAGCUCUGGUCUCAACUGUGGCCGAUGGGACUACAUCUUCAGCGUCAUCAAGAAGUUCCGCAACAACGCCAACUUCGUCCUCCCUGACCGAUCCGCCGUCACCAUGACUGUUCCCUUCAUGGACGCCUACGUCAAGCUCCUCAUCCAGACCUGCCAUAAGCGUGGUGUCCACGCCAUGGGUGGCAUGGCUGCUCAGAUCCCCAUCAAGAACGACCCUGCCGCCAACGACAAGGCCAUGGAGGGUGUCCGCGCCGACAAGCUCCGUGAGGUCCGCGCUGGCCACGACGGUACCUGGGUUGCCCACCCCGCUCUCGCCAGCAUCGCCACCGAGAUCUUCAACAAGCACAUGCCUACUCCUAACCAGCACUUCGUGCGACGUGAGGAUGUCACCAUUGGCCAGAACGAUCUGCUCAACAUGAACGUUCCCGGUACCAUCACCGAGGAGGGUAUCAAGAAGAACCUCCACAUCGGUCUUGGCUACAUGGAGGCCUGGAUCCGAGGUGUCGGCUGUGUCCCCAUCAACUUCCUCAUGGAGGACGCUGCUACCGCCGAGGUCUCCCGAAGCCAGCUUUGGCAAUGGGUCAAGCACGGCGUCACCACCGCCGAGGGCAAGCGUGUCGACAAGGCUUACGCCCUGAAGCUGCUCAAGGAGUCUGCCGACCAGCUCGCUGCCGCCGGUCCCAAGGGCAACAAGUUCCACCUCGCUGCUCAGUACUUCUCUGGCCAGGUCACUGGCGAGGACUACGCCGACUUCCUCACUACUCUCCUCUACAACGAGAUCACCCAGGCUGGUCCCCCCAGCCCUGCUUCCAAGCUGUAAAUGAAUCGGAACAUGUGGGAAAAAGUAUGCCUGAACUGAAAUUGGGAGCGUUUCAUGAUUGUAUGUUUGGAUAACGACGGCCUUUGAUGCGUCAUGGUCCCGGGUAAUGAUAUCAUUUGUUAUUAUAUCACCAUAGUUGGGCAGUCGAACUGCGACAAAAUGGAGUUAAUGCUUUAUCAAGUCAAUAUGUGGAUC